CUUGUCGUCCACACCCCCAGCCUCAUCAUACCCUCACCCCCGGGGAAGGGUUGACCAGGGUGUGGCUAGAUGUGGAGGGACGCAUGCAGUGGCUUUAAAUGUCUCUCCGUGUGAGGACGCCUCCUAUCGGAGACAGCAAUGCCUUUGCUUGGGAGUCUCCUGAGGGUUCCAGAUUUGGUAUCUUGGAACUCAGGAAGGAAAAGUCUCGUGAUGCUGCUCGAUCUAGGAGGGGGAAAGAGAAUUAUGAGUUCUACGAAUUAGCCAAGCUUUUACCUCUGCCCCCAGCUAUAACAAGCCAGCUGGACAAAGCCUCAAUCAUUCGACUAUCUAUAAGUUACCUGAAAAUCCAGGAUUUCUCCUCACAUGGUGACCCGCCUUGGGCUCGGGAUACUUCUCACACCAAAUCUCUCAAAAGUCAUAGUCGACGUCGCAACAUUGCUAAUAUAGCUCUGGAUGUCUUUGAAUCUCAUCAAGGGACCCAUAUUUUACAGUCGUUAGAUGGGUUUGCUUUUGCCUUGGCAAGUGAUGGUCGUUUUCUGUACAUAUCGGAGACAGUUUCCAUAUAUCUUGGUCUUUCACAGGUGGAGGUCACUGGCAGCAGUAUAUUUGACUAUGUCCACGUCCAAGAUCAUCAAGAACUAGCUGAACAUCUAGGGCUGGGAUUUCCUCAUGCUUCCAACAGCAGUGGUGUGCCGUCCCCUGGAUCUCAGUCGGAUGAGGGGUCAGCCCCGUCAACACCUUGUGUGAUGUCGUCCCCACCUCCAGACAGAGCCUGUCUUAUGUCAGCUACUGAGAAAGGGAUUGAGCGGUCGCUAUGUCUGAGGAUGAAGUCUACACUGACAAAACGAGGAGUACAUGUCAGGACGUCUGGGUAUAGAGUUGUGUAUGUUGUUCUGAAACAGCGACCCCAGAUCUGUUUUUCCCUGAACAGGAAACAUCCCCAACAGAUCAUGGGUAUGGUAGGUUUGGCCAUAGCUUUGCCUCCUCCUACCAUCACAGAGCUCCGUAUUGAGAGCGACACCUUUAUCAUGAGGCUCAAUCCGGACUUCAGCGUUAUUUACUGUGAUACAGCGAUUUCCGAGCUGACAGACUGGUCCAGUGAAGAUAUCAAUAAUAAAGUAUUGUAUGACUUCUGUCAUCCCGGUGACCUUAACAAACUACGUAGAUCUCAUUUAGACAUUAAUACAAAGGGCCAGGUGUUAUCUGAUUACAUGCGUCUCAUGAACAAGUGUGGAGGGUAUGUGUGGAUACAGGUGUGUGGGACGACUCUCUACAGCUCAAAGACAUCAGACGACCACACCAUACUUAUCAUCAUCUACGUACUUAGUGGUGUUGAAUAUGGGGGCUGUGUGAUGGAUACAAGUCAACUUCUGACCACAGGACCAACAGAAACUGACCAUUCUGACAACACUGACCAAAGUGAGCAGGGCUCGGACCAUGGAGGAAGAAGCCACCAAGAUGCUCUUCAUUGUCCUGGGGAGAGUCCUGGAGGUGACAGCAAGGACUCUCCAAGUCUGAGAGUCACAUCACCUGUGUCCAGUUCUACAACAGUACAGCGGUCCAUAAGGUUGGACUCUCGGGAGGCUGACAACAGUAAUGACAAUAAACCAUUCAUUGUGGAUAGCUCACAGACCAAUAACAAUUUCCAUUCCAAGAGCUGUGAAUCUACAGUGAGCAACAGCUUACAGGAAAAAGUACAUCUGUUAAAAAAUGACUACAAAAAUUCACGAAGAAAAGCUGACCGACCGAAGCGUCGGAGGCGCGAGUAUGAUAUUGACUGUUUAAGUGCAGAGGUAGAGGAUUUACAGUCAUCCGUGUCGAAAAACAGUCCACUGGAGCGGGAGAGGUGCUGUGAAGUAACCUCAGCCUGUCAGAGCCAUGUCAUCAUGGGCACUGUGGACAGUACAGAGCGGUCAAGUUGUAGUGUUCCCGAGGAUCUCUCUCUUCACAACUUCACCAUGAGGCAAGCCACAGUGGUUAGUACCCCCGGCUGUGAAUCUCAAAGUAACAUUGCUGUCAAUUGUUGGCAAAAAAGCAACAAAGAACGAAAAAAGGAUAGAGACAUGCAAGAGAAUCCGUCCAGUUCUGUUCAGGACUUGGAGGAUGUCAUGAAUAAACAUUUGCCAAAUCUGACCAAUCACAUGGAAGCUGUUGUAAGGACUUCCCCAAAUGAUCUCGCGUCGAGUCGGCACAUGUCUAGCUCACUACCGAAACAGCAGUCAACCAUCCAGUGGCGGGCCAACACAGACACAGACACCUUGCCAGCAUCCACUCUGUUACGGACGCUAUACGCUAAUAGGGAGUCUGUUAUACGCAGCAGUGCUCGACCACAGUGUUUUAGUGGGGACAGUACCCAGGGGGUUGACUCGGUCGACAUGCUCACCCCGCCCAGUAAUGAGGGGAGUCUGAAGGAGCAACUCACCCUCAAUAUCCCUCAGAUCACUGUGAGCAGUAGUAAAUGUGUACAAGGGGGCUAUACAAAUCCUUUGUCUGUCACAGUGCACAGUACUCUCCAAGACAGCUUCUCAAUGACACCGCCAUCUUCUGUGUCGCCGGAGGAUAAGGUCACAACCUCCUUCAUGGAGACAAACUUUGAUCCCUCUCCGGUUUCGUGUCACAUGGUGACUGGGGCGACGGUAACUAACCCGGUGAAGUCCAUGGCUCUGUCUCCCCAGUCACAGGUUAUACCAACACAUACAGACUAUAAUACCUGUAGCAAGGUUGGUUAUGGUAACAUGAGUCCGUAUCAGAUUGCUGAGUACCAACAGUAUCUACACAAUGGUGCACCAACCUCUUUAUAUGACACCCGACCAGAGGGCUGGUACCCUGUCUCCUACACAUCCUAACCACGUAUCACUUGGUCAUCUUAACACACAGAUGGACAUAGUUUGGAUUGAAUCACUUAUUGGUGUAUAUAUAUCAAUUAAUAUGAAUUAAAAUCAUUGAAAAUUUACCUUAUAAUCUAAAUACAGAUAAGUUUUACGGUUAUAGACCUUCACCCUAGAAAGGAUUUAAUAACGAUAUGUUAACAUUCAUAUCAAGAGAAUAGAGUUAAUUCUAUUUAUGUCAACAAAUCAUGCAGUUCUCAAGAAAUUGAACAACAGGGUGAUUGGCUUUGAAUGAUGUACCACACAUUUUCUAGUAUUUGACUACAAUAAUCCUUACAUGUUUUACUAUGAUA